AUGUGUCUCCGGCUCUUCUGCAUCCUGCUUGCCGCGGUCUCAGGAACCCAGGGCUGGGGCUACUACGGCUGUGACGAGGAGCUGGUCGGGCCUCUGUACGCACGCUCCUUGGGCGCCUCCUCCUACUACGGGCUCUUCACUGCGCCUCGAUUUGCCCGGCUGCACGGCAUAAGCGGAUGGUCUCCCCGAAUUGGGGACCCGAAUCCUUGGCUCCAGAUCGACUUAAUGAAGAAGCACCGGAUCCGAGCUGUGGCCACCCAGGGCUCAUUUAACUCGUGGGACUGGGUCACGCGUUACAUGCUGCUCUACGGGGACCGAGUGGAUAGCUGGACGCCGUUCUACCAGCAAGGGCACAACGCGACCUUUUUCGGUAACGUGAACGAGUCCGCGGUAGUGCGCCACGACCUGCACUAUCACUUCACCGCGCGCUACAUCCGCAUCGUGCCACUGGCUUGGAACCCGCGCGGCAAGAUCGGCCUGAGGCUCGGCCUCUACGGCUGCCCUUACAAGUCCGACGUGCUCUAUUUCGACGGCGACGAUGCCAUCUCAUACCGCUUCCCGCGAGGGGUCAGCCGGAGCCUUUGGGAUGUGUUCGCCUUCAGCUUCAAGACGGAAGAGAAGGACGGGCUCCUGCUGCACGCGGAGGGCGUCCAGGGCGACUACGUGACAUUGGAGCUGCAGGGGGCGCACUUGCUGCUGCACAUGAGCCUGGGCAGCAGCCCUAUCCAGCCAAGGCCCGGUCACACCACAGUGAGUGCUGGUGGCGUCCUCAAUGAUCAACACUGGCAUUACGUUCGUGUGGACCGAUUUGGCCGAGAAGCAAAUCUCACCCUGGAUGGCUACGUGCAGCGAUUUGUGCUCAAUGGAGACUUUGAGAGACUGAACCUGGACAACGAGAUGUUCAUCGGGGGUCUAGUGGGCGCUGCGCAGAAGAACCUUGCCUAUCGUCAUAAUUUCCGCGGCUGCAUAGAAAACAUAAUCUUCAACCGAGUCAACAUCGCAGACCUGGCCGUGCGGCGCCAUUCGAGGAUCACCUUUGAGGGUAAGGUGGCCUUCCGUUGCCUGGACCCGGUUCCUCACCCCAUCAACUUCGGAGGGCCUCACAACUUCGUGCAAGUGCCUGGCUUCCCGCGCCGUGGCCGCUUGGCAGUCUCCUUUCGCUUCCGCACCUGGGAUCUCACAGGGCUGCUACUUUUCUCCCGCCUGGGGGACGGGCUGGGCCACGUGGAGCUCCUGCUCAGUGAAGGGCAGGUCAACGUGUCCAUCGCGCAGACUGGCCGAAAGAAGCUUCAGUUUGCCGCUGGGUACCGCCUGAAUGAUGGCUUUUGGCACGAGGUGAACUUUGCAGCACAGGAGAACCAUGCAGUCAUCAGCAUUGAUGAUGUGGAGGGGGCAGAGGUCAGGGUCUCAUACCCGCUGCUGAUCCGGACUGGCACCUCAUACUUCUUUGGGGGUUGUCCCAAACCAGCCAGUCGAUCGGGAUGCCACUCCAACCAGACGGCGUUCCAUGGCUGCAUGGAGCUGCUCAAGGUGGAUGGUCAACUGGUCAACCUGACUCUGGUGGAGGGCCGGCGGCUUGGAUACUAUGCUGAGGUCCUCUUUGACACAUGUGGCAUCACUGAUAGGUGUAGCCCUAACAUGUGUGAGCAUGACGGACGCUGCUACCAGUCCUGGGAUGACUUCAUCUGCUAUUGUGAACUGACAGGCUACAAGGGGGAGACCUGCCACCAACCUCUGUAUAAGGAAUCUUGUGAGGCUUAUCGGCUCAGUGGGAAAACUUCUGGAAACUUCACCAUUGAUCCUGAUGGCAGUGGUCCCCUGAAGCCAUUUGUAGUGUACUGUGAUAUCCGAGAGAACCGGGCAUGGACAGUUGUGCGGCAUGACAGGCUGUGGACAACUCGGGUGACAGGUUCUAGCAUGGAGCGGCCAUUCCUGGGGGCCAUCCAGUACUGGAACGCAUCCUGGGAGGAAGUCAGUGCCCUGGCCAAUGCUUCCCAGCACUGUGAACAGUGGAUCGAGUUCUCCUGCUACAAUUCCCGGCUGCUCAACACUGCUGGAGGCUACCCCUACAGCUUUUGGAUUGGCCGAAAUGAGGAGCAGCACUUCUACUGGGGAGGCUCACAGCCUGGGAUCCAGCGCUGUGCCUGCGGUCUGGACCGGAGCUGUGUGGACCCCGCUCUGCACUGUAACUGUGAUGCUGACCAGCCCCAGUGGAGAACCGACAAGGGACUGCUGACCUUUGUGGACCAUUUGCCCGUCACUCAGGUGGUGGUGGGGGAUACGAACCGCUCCAAUUCUGAGGCCCAGUUCUUCCUGAGGCCUCUGCGCUGCUACGGCGAUCGAAAUUCCUGGAACACCAUCUCCUUCCACACUGGGGCUGCUCUGCGCUUUCCCCCCAUCCGUGCCAACCACAGCCUUGAUGUCUCCUUCUACUUCAGGACCUCGGCUCCCUCAGGAGUCUUCCUAGAGAACAUGGGGGGCCCUUACUGCCAGUGGCGCCGACCUUACGUGCGGGUGGAACUCAACACGUCCCGGGAUGUGGUCUUCGCCUUUGACGUGGGCAACGGGGAUGAGAACCUGACCGUACACUCCGAUGACUUUGAAUUCAACGACGAUGAGUGGCACCUGGUCCGGGCGGAGAUCAAUGUGAAGCAGGCCCGGCUCCGUGUUGAUCACCGGCCUUGGGUGCUGCGGCCUAUGCCCCUGCAGACCUACAUCUGGCUGGAGUAUGACCAGCCCCUUUAUGUUGGAUCUGCAGAGCUUAAGAGGCGCCCCUUCGUGGGUUGCUUGAGGGCUAUGCGUCUGAAUGGAGUGACUCUAAACCUGGAAGGCCGUGCCAACGCCUCGGAGGGUACCUCACCCAACUGCACAGGCCAUUGCGCCCACCCCCGGUUCCCCUGUUUCCACGGAGGCCGCUGUGUGGAGCGUUACAGCUACUACACGUGUGACUGUGACCUCACGGCUUUUGACGGGCCAUACUGCAACCACGAUAUCGGAGGUUUCUUUGAGCCCGGCACCUGGAUGCGCUACAACCUCCAGUCAGCGCUGCGCUCGGCCGCCCGGGAGUUCUCCCACAUGCUCAGCCGGCCGGUGCCCGGCUACGAGCCUGGCUACAUCCCCGGCUAUGACACCCCUGGCUACGUGCCUGGCUACCAUGGCCCUGGCUACCGUCUGCCGGACUACCCCCGGCCCGGCCGGCCCGUGCCCGGUUACCGUGGGCCUGUCUACAAUGUCACCGGUGAGGAGGUGUCCUUCAGCUUCAGCACUGACUCCGCCCCUGCGGUCCUGCUCUAUGUCAGCUCCUUUGUGCGGGACUACAUGGCCGUGCUCAUCAAGGAAGAUGGGACCCUGCAGCUGCGGUAUCAGCUGGGCACCAGCCCCUACGUGUACCAGCUGACCACGAAGCCGGUCACAGACGGCCAGCCACACAGCGUCAACAUCACCCGGGUCUACCGCAACCUCUUCAUCCAGGUGGACUACUUCCCACUGACAGAACAGAAGUUCUCACUGUUGGUGGACAGCCAGCUGGACUCACCCAAGGCCUUGUAUCUAGGGCGUGUGAUGGAGACGGGAGUAAUUGACCCGGAGAUCCAGCGCUACAACACACCGGGUUUCUCGGGCUGCCUGUCUGGUGUUCGAUUCAACAACGUGGCCCCUCUCAAGACCCACUUCCGAACCCCUCGACCCAUGACCGCCGAGCUAGCUGAGGCCCUCCGAGUUCAGGGAGACCUGUCGGAAUCUAACUGCGGAGCCAUGCCCCGUCUUUUCUCAGAGGUGCCGCCUGAGCUGGACCCCUGGUAUCUGCCCCCGGACUUCCCGUACUACCACGACGAGGGAUGGGUUGCCAUACUUUUAGGCUUUUUGGUGGCCUUCCUGCUGCUGGGGCUGGUGGGGAUGCUGGUGCUCUUCUAUCUGCAAAAUCAUCGCUACAAGGGCUCCUACCACACCAAUGAGCCCAAGGCCACCCAUGAUUACCACCCUGGCAGCAAACCUCCCCUACCUACUUCAGGCUCUGCCCAGGCCCCAGCCCCUACACCGGCUUCCACCCCAGCCCCAGCCCCAGCCCCAGCCCCAGCCCCUGGCUCCCGGGACCAAAACCUCCCCCAGAUCCUGGAGGAGUCCAGGUCUGAAUGA